GAACACAUACUGGCAAAGAUUCCUGGCAAGCGCCAACUACCAUUCUCAUUCUCCUGGUGAGUGUUGAAGUGUUAACACUAUUAUUCCCCCCCAUAAUCAAUUGCUUCGUCUCAACUUUCAAUUCAAACUCUUUCUCUUUCACUUUCUCUCACUAUAACAAACAACAAAAAUCAAGCAGAAGAUGAUGAUGCGUCAGAUUGCAAUCACAGUUAUUCUCCUUUCAUUGCUUUUCAUUCUCUCUCCUUCCGCUUACGCCACCGAUAUUCGAUAUUGUGAUAAGAAAACUGAUUAUGAAGUGAAGGUACAUGGGGUUGAAAUAUCACCUGAUCCAGUUGCUAGAGGCCAGCCUGCUACCUUCAGUAUCUCUGCAUCUGCUGGAAAUGCCAUUUCCAGUGGGAAAUUGGACCUUGAUGUUGCAUACUUUGGAUGGCAUGUGCACAGUGAAACCCGUGAUUUGUGUACUGAGACUUCUUGCCCAUUCUCAAUUGGUGAUUUUGUAAUUUCACAUUCCCAGGUUUUGCCAAUAUUUACUCCACCGGGUUCCUACACUCUUAGAAUGAAGAUCCUGGAUGCAAACAAGCGUCAACUGUCUUGUGUUGCUUUUGAUUUUAGCAUUGGAUUUGGAUCGUCUAUGGCUGCGAACUUUUUGAUGUAAAAACUAAAGUUACACACAAACUUCCUGAAGCUAUCUCCCUGACAAAAUUAUGUUAAUACUUCGUAUGUUUCUUACAGAAUUGAUUACAAAUGUGAAGUACAUACAAGCACUUUAUAUCCUGUUUCUGAAUACAAGGUGAUAUAUAUAUAUACACUAUAUCUAAAUUAGUUGCCACAUUAAUAGUGAUUAGUAAUUGUUUAUUUGCUACUUCUAAAAAAAAAUAUGCUUGAAAUUAGUAGUUACAUGAUAUAAAGCAA